UGCUGAUAAGACGCUCCAAAGUUCACCUGCACACCUGAGGAGCGCUAGAUCUUCCUUCAGAACGAUUACACAUGGACGACCGGAGACGGACUCUGUCAUUGCACAAAUGACAGUGAUUGAAUAAUAUCCCACCGUACGACUUAAUGUGAUUUUUCUCAUUUGUGGAAAUGAGAUUUGUAGGAAGCGUCUCGUGGAAAUAAUGAGAGGACUGUGUCUCUGACCGCUGGAUCUUAAUUUAAUGUUUCUAAAUUGGAGAUAUUAUGAUACGUCUGGAUAUGUGGCUUCUGAGAGUUGCCAUUUUCUUGCUCUGCUGUGCAGGUUGCUGGGGUCAGAGCUGUAAUCAGACAAAGGCUUAUUUUGAGUCCAGGAAUUUCUUCAGCGUUCUCCAUUGGGAUCCCGUUCCGGGUCAAACGGUUCUCUACAGCGUCCAGUACAACCUUUACGGGAGCCCGUACGAACCGGUGACGUGGUGUCAGAACAUCUCCACUCCUGUUUGUGACAUGACGAAUGUGAUGACCCAUGUGAUGAGCGACGUGACGUCUAAAUAUCACGCCAAGGUCUACGCCGGUGGACAGUGCCUGGGUGAGGUGGCGUUCUCUCCGUUUUGGCAAACCACUUUCGUUGCACCGCAGCUGUCAGUAACGUCAAACCAAACGCAUCUGAAUGUGACCGUUUCGCCGCCGAUGGCCGCUUGGAACUGCUCUAUUGAGAGCAUCAGAUUUUGGGGAAAAGGUUUCAUGAAAUCAUCCGUUAAUUACGCAGUUCGUCUGACACAACCCGAGUCACUGGCAGGAAAGGUGUUUGAGGACACGUCUCGCUCAGUGUUUAUUUGGCUUGUGGAAACAGACGUGCAGUACUGUGGUGAAGUGUCAUAUACGCUCACACAUCCCGGUUGGUCCGGUCCCAGUGAAAACGCAUCCUUCUGUGUGACCGUCUCGGCACCUAAUUCCUGGUUUCAUAUAGUGUUAUGGCCUGGUCUUCUGGCUCUGCUGCUUCUGAUCGCCCUGCCCAUCAUGCUUUGCCAGCUGUCUGUGAAGACAAAGAGCUCCUUACCGAAAGCGCUGAAAAUCGUGCCAAAGAACAGCAGUCCUCCGUUUUGUUCGGAUCCCCAGGACGUCAUCUCCGAAGUGGAAGUGUGGUCCGGAUUUGCGAAGCUCGAACCACAGGCUGUUUUUCCACCUCAGAAGUCAGAGAUCGUGUUUAAUGCUGGUUACGCAUCCCAGGAGCCCUGUGACCACGAGUGGACACGCGAUCAACCGGACAUCCCGGUCCCGGACAGCGCAGAGUCUUCUGUGCACUACAGCAUGUGUAUGCCUGUCCCGAUUUCCAGCGAACCAUCAUUUGAUGGCACAACAGACAAAACCGGCUCGGAUUCAUUUGGUCCAGACUCCAUUUCGACCUUUUUAAUCAGCCAUUUGGACACUGGAAGCAGCAGCGGACCUCUGGUGGUACCAGUCAGAUCUGCCGAAAACGGUGCGCUGCAGUUUCACGACUGUUUAUUCCAGUGUAACACUGGUCAGAGUUCUCCAGCACCUUUCCAGGAUUCAGUAGGUUUGACUAGAGAACAAAUUCCUUUACUGUCAGACCUCAUCCAGAAGGACUCCAGGUGUAACUCAUCCUACCUGCCCGUACAUGUUCCUGACGUCGUGACGUCAAACUACAGGCAGAACUGGAUUCCGGGGAUUCCUCUGGAGGGACAACAAGACCAGAGGACUUAUAUUAUGAGGACAAACCCAACCGAACCUGAUGAAGAGGAACCUCGAGUUGGUGUGAUCUUUUUGGAAAGAUGGAAGGUGGAGAUGCAGGGAUUGUCUUUGUCUUGCAACUGACUGAGUUUCUUUUCUUCCCAGUGCUCGUCUGAGCACAUCCAUGCAAGAUAAAGUGAUGUUUGAUGAUCUUCUGUUGGGCUUUGCCAGCUCUUUGCAUCAGGUAGUUGCAUAGCAGAGACUUCAUACAAACGUUAAGGUGUGUAUUUUCACUAGCGUCACUGAAGGGUCUUUCCAUGUGAAUUCGACCAAAUUUCAGAAACUUCCAUGGCUAAAAUGAUUGAUUUUUGUUUAUUUUUUGUCAACGACAAACAUAAACGUGACCCUGAAGCUCAAAACCAGUCUUAAGUAGCAUGGGUAUAUUUGUAGUAAUAGCCAAAAAAUCCAUUGUAUGGGUCAAAAUUAUCCAUUUUUCUUAGGAUAUUAAGUAAAGAUCAUGUUCCAUGAAGAUAUUUUGUACAUUUCCAACCAUAAAUAUAUCAAAACCUAAUUUUUGAUUUGCAAUAUGCAUUGCUAACAAUGUCAUUUGGACAACUUUAAAGGCGAUUUUCUCAAUAUUUAGAUUCCAGUUUUUUUUUUUAAAUAGUUGUAUUUUGGCCAAAUAUUGUCUUAUUCUAACAAACCACACAUCAAUGGAAAGCUUAUUUAUUCAGCUUUUUUCGAAAAGAAAUUGACACUUAUGAGAUUGGUAGGUCCAUUAGUAAAAUCUGCUCAUUAUAGCAAUCUUUGUUGCAUUAUAUGCCAAAGGUGAGCAUGCAAAAAUGGGAAAAAUGCACUUUUUUGUGUUUUUUCCCCAAGUUUGCAUGCACAUAACUCAAGAAGUAAUAAAGAUAGCUGAAUAUCCUUUUAGAUGUUGGUUAAAAUAUUGCCUUUAAAGUUGUCCAAAUGUCCAAAUUAAUUUUUGAUUUGCAAUAUGCAUUGCUAAGAACUUCAUUUGGACAACUUUAAAGGCAGUGUUCUCAAUAUUUAGGUUUUUUUGCACUCUCAGAUUCCAGAUUUUUCAAUUAGUUGUAUCUCAGCCACAUAUUGUCCUAUCCUAACAAACCAUACAUCAAUGGAAAGCUUAUUUAUUUAGCUUAUUUUAUUUUAAAGUUGCCCCUUACGACUGGUUUUUAGUGAUGAAAGCCAACAUAUUACAUGCCACAGGUGAAUGUCUAUUGAGUAAUCCAUCAUUUUGUAUGAAAGUGACCAUUUUCGCCUGAGAUUUGGGGCCAAACUGCAGAUGGUAAAAAUGACUUUAGAAGGAUGGCAGCUACGUCAUGAUAUUUUUGCACCAAGAUUGGUAAUCUGUUGACUUUAGCAAUCUUUGUUGCAUUAUAUGCCAAUGGUGAGCAUGCAAAAAUGGGAAAAAUGACCUUUUUUGUGUUUUUCCCCAAGUUUGCAUGCACAUAACUCAAGAAGUAUUAAAGAUAGCUUAAUAUCUUUUUAGAUGUUGUUUAAAAUAUUGCCUUUAAAGUUGUCCAAAUGUCCAAAUUAAUUUUUGAUUUGCAAUAUGCAUUGCUAAGAACUUCAUUUGGACAACUUUAAAGGCAGUGUUCUCAAUAUUUAGGUUUUUUUGCACUCUCAGAUUCCAGAUUUUUCAAUUAGUUGUAUCUCAGCCACAUAUUGUCCUAUCCUAACAAACCAUACAUCAAUGGAAAGCUUAUUUAUUUAGCUUAUUUUAUUUUAAAAUUGCCCCUUACGACUGGUUUUUAGUGAUGAAAGCCAACAUAUUACAUGCCACAGGUGAAUGUCUAUUGAGUAAUCCAUCAUUUUGUAUGAAAGUGACCAUUUUCGCCUGAGAUUUGGGGCCAAACUGCAGAUGGUAAAAAUGACUUUAGAAGGAUGGCAGCUACGUCAUGAUAUUUUUGCACCAAGAUUGGUAAUCUGUUGACUUUAGCAAUCUUUGUUGCAUUAUAUGCCAAUGGUGAGCAUGCAAAAAUGGGAAAAAUGACCUUUUUUGUGUUUUUUCCCCAAGUUUGCAUGCACAUAACUCAAGAAGUAUUAAAGAUAGCUUAAUAUCUUUUUAGAUGUUGUUUAAAAUAUUGCCUUUAAAGUUCAAAGUCCAAAUGUCCAAAUUAAUUUUUGAUUUGUAAUAUGCAUUGCUAAGAACUUCAUCUGGACAACUUCAAAGACAAUUUUCUCAAUAUUUAAAAAAUUUUUUGCACCCUCUGAUACCAGAUAUUCAAAUGACGAAAGCCACCAAAUUACAUCCCACAGAUGAAUGUCUAUUGAGUAAUCCAUUAUUUUGCAUGAGUGACAAUUUUCGCCUGAGCCAAAUUGCAGGUGGUAAAAAUGACUUUAGAAAGAUGACAGCUACAUCAUGAUAUUUUUACACAGACAUUGGUAGGUCUAUUAGUCAACUCAGUUGAUGUCAGCAAUCUUUGUUGCAUUAUUUGCCAACGGUGACCAUUCAAAAAUGGGGGAAUAGCACUUUUCAAGGUGUUUUUUCCAAAGUUUCCAUGCCUGUAACUUAAUAUCCUUUUAGAUGUUGGUUCUUAAGAAAAGUUUCUUUGGUAAAGCCCAAUAUGGUUUGGUUCCAGAGAUAUUGUAGUUUAAAUUUGGCUUCAUGAGUAAAUUGUUAAACUGUUGCAUUACCAAUGGGUAAUAGUGGAUUGCUCAGUAAAUAUUCAUGCAGAGCAUGUAAUAUUUUCAUUUAUGUAUUUCUUUCACCAGAAAGAAAAACAAACAAACAAAAAAAUAGUUAGUCGUGGACCUCUGGUUGAGUUGACGUAAUGAUCCUAAAGGGAAUUUCAAAAGCAAUGAGUGUUUUCAAACUGGCACUUUGACUGAAACUAAGCUUAUUUGUAGCAUUGCCAUAUUCACAAGUGUUAUACAGUUUGUUUGUUGUAUGUCUGUGUUUUAACUUAUUUGAAUUUUAAAUUAAUGCAUAAUGUAGACAAACCUGAAAUAUGUUGAAAUUGCCGUUGUUGCAUUUUUAGAAACAUUUUUACAACAUUAACAGGUUUGACAGUAUUUGUUGUGCUAAUCUGAAUAAUGUGAAAGUCAGCAUGAAAUGCCGUUCUAAACCUAUUUAACUUCUAAUGCAUUUCUGAGAGAAACAGUAUAUUUAGUACGUUUGUUUACAUAUCCGUUUAUAAUCAGAUUGAUGGUCCAAUCAGACUGAAAAACCAUCAUGUAAACCCCUCAAUCAAUACAACUGCACUGUAAAAAACAAUUUGUUGAGUCAACUUAAAAUAAUUUGUAACCUGGCUGCCUUAAAAUUUUAAGUUCAGUCAUCUCAAAAAAGGUUUAUUCAACUUGAAAUGUUAAGUUUAGCAAACACACAUAUCUAAGUUGUUACUUUAGUACAACUUAACAUUUCAAAUUGACUAAACUUAUUUUAGUUGACUGAACUUAAAAUUUUAAGGCAGCAGGGUAACAAAUUAUUUUAAGUUGACUCACUCUGUGUUUUUUAUUUUUUACAGUUUGAACCGACUGUAGAUCUGAAAUAAAUAUAGAUUCAACUGUUUACUCAGUCGAAAAUCACAUUUACAGACUUUCAGUAUCUGAAAUGGGAUUGGAUUCAUUCAGACUGAUGAGAAUGAGUGCGUGUUAACAUACUAAAUGAGAAAAAAACUAAGGAAACUUAACGCACGGAAUGCAUUAAGUAAAACGAGGUUCGUUCUGAUUUCAUGCUGACUAAAAACAUUCUAACAAUAACACUGAAGGGUUUGACUUAAUGAUAUUGUGCAGCUCAAUACAAACAGUGACAGAUGAGGUGUGUCCUUAAAAGCAGCUCUUAAAUGUAAUACUGUAAAUUUCCACAGUCGUGAGUUGCAUAUUUGCAUACCAGACGGAAGACUCUCAUGUUCCUUGGAGUCGGUGUGAAAGGCUUCAUGGGGAUUUUGCAGUCUGCAGCUAUGAGGAAGUGCUGAAGUGUGUUCAGUGUGACUAAAUACCUCAGAAACACUGACAAAGGCUCUUUGUUAUGAAGGAAACAAACAUGUAAUUGCAAAACAAUGUCUCCAGUAAUUGAGGAUAGAAAAAUGAGGAAAAGCAACCAUUCCGUAACCUUACAAGAAGUUUUACAAACCUUUGACCCUCAAACAUGUCAACUUCAUUGUUGUUUAAAUUACUGUAUGUACUGUUCAUCUCAUGUUAGACUAGCAGUGUGUUGAUUUGAUUGGCAUAGUAAAGUUUUUUAAAAUAUC